AUGAGUGGGUUACGAGGGAGACUCAGGACCUUGCUGAACAACAGAUGGCUGGUUUUCGUGGCCGCAAUGUGGGUGCAGGCGGUCGCAGGGACCGGGUACCUCUUCGGCAGCCUGUCGCCGGUCAUCAAGAGUUCCUUGGGCUACAACCAGCGCCAGAUCGCGAGGCUCGGAGUCGCCAAAGAUCUGGGCGAUAGCAUCGGCUUCCUCGCCGGAACCCUCUGCGAGAUCCUCCCGCUCUGGGCGGCGCUGUUGGUCGGAGUGCUGCAGAAUUUCGUGGGAUACGGCUGGGUUUGGCUCGUCGUGACGGGAAGAACCCCACGGAUGCCGCUGUGGGCGAUGUGUGUUCUUAUAUUUGUGGCGACGAAUGGAGAGACCUACUUCAACACCGCUGCGCUGGUUUCCUGCGUGCAGAACUUCCCCAAGAGCAGAGGCCCUGUCGUGGGCAUCUUGAAAGGCUUUGCCGGUCUCAGUGGUGCGAUCUUGACCCAGAUCUUUGCAAUGAUACAUACGCCCGACCAUGCCGCUUUGCUCUUCGUGGUCGCCGUCGGGCCAUCCAUGGUGGUCAUCGCCUUGUUGUUUAUCGUCAGGCCCGUCGGCGGCCACCGGCAAGUGAGGCCCUCGGAUCAAUCCAGCUUCAUGUUCGUCUACAGCGUUUGCUUGCUCCUGGCCGCGUACUUGAUGGGCGUCAUGCUCCUGGAAGACCUGGUUGACCUCGGCCACACCGUCAUCGUCGUGCUCACGCUGCUGCUUCUAUUGCUCUUGUUGGCUCCGGUCGUCCUUCCCUUGCUGCUCACCUUCCAUCUCGAUGUGGUUUCUCCUGUUCAAGAGCCUCUGUUGCCCGAACCUUCACAGGCAGAAGAGACGAGUCAAUCUGCAGAACAGACUGAGGUCAUUCUCAGUGAGGUGGAGGAUGAGAAGCCCACGGACGUUGACCUGCUCCCUGCAUCAGAAAGGCAGAAGCGGAUCGCUCACCUGCAAGCCAAGCUGCUCCAAGCCGCUGCCGACGGAGCAGUCAGGGUGAAGAAGAGGAGAGGCCCUCGCAGGGGGGAGGACUUCACCCUGAUGCAGGCGCUGAGAAAGGCAGACUUUUGGCUCAUGUUCCUCUCUCUUCUCCUCGGAUCGGGCUCUGGAUUGACGGUCAUCGACAACCUUGGUCAGAUGAGCGAGUCUUUGGGCUAUGACGAGGCUCACAUUUUUGUCUCCAUGAUCAGCAUUUGGAACUUUCUUGGUCGAGUAGGCGGAGGCUAUUUAUCCGAGCUCAUCGUGAGGGACCGUGCGUAUCCAAGGCCGGUGGCGUUGGCUUGCUUCCAGGCUGUGAUGGCGAUCGGGCACCUGUUCUUCGCCAUGGCCUGGCCUGGAACGAUGUACGUUGGAACCUUGUUGAUCGGACUUGGAUAUGGAGCUCACUGGGCCAUAGUUCCUGCUGCUGCAUCAGAGCUGUUCGGGUUGAAGAACUUUGGAGCCCUCUACAAUUUCCUGACGGUGGCUAAUCCUGCAGGUUCAUUGAUCUUCUCUGGCCUCAUUACCAGCGUAAUUUACGACGACGAAGCAGCGAAACAAGCUCAAGGAAACAUCAACUCGUUGCGAGGUGCUCUGCUCGGCGUGGAUGAACCAUUAAAAUGCACAGGGACCAUCUGUUUCUUCCUCAGUUCACUGAUCAUGUCCGGGCUUUGCGUCAUAGCAGUCAUCUUGAGCCUCGUCCUCGUUUACAGGACCACAAGUGUGUACCUCAACCUUUACGGGCGCGCUCGCACAUAGCCAUCUCCCAGAAGAGAGAUCGAUGAAAGCCACUACUGUGGUUCUUCUUCCUACUUCUGUGAAGUAAACAUG